UCUCAGUUUGUUAUGCAUUUCACGUGGACGUUAGACGCCCAGAAAACUGGGGCAUCAUGAAGAAGACGCGUCUCAUUUUCGUAAUGUUCUGGCUUUUGUUAUUGCUCGUUGCUUCAGCAGAGGGGACAAUUUUCGAAUACUCGAAGAAUGCGUUAAUUGACUUUUUUCAAUCGUUGAGGGAUAAAAAGGGCGAUCAAAAAUUGUGGAAUGUUCAUCAUUAUCAUGUUCACUAUUAUCCUACUCCUUUGGAAGAAUUAAAUGCAAAACCGCUGCAUGCACCGGAAAAGAGCCAAUUAAAUGAAUUACAUAGUGAAUCUCUGAGAUCAAUGGGAUGGACGGAUCACGAGUAUCCUGUUCCUGAUCCAAAAGUAAUUUUCCCAUCGAAAGCAGAAGAAAAUUGGCCAAAACCUAGUGAGGAAAAUUCGCGAAAAAUGUGGUCAUGGGAUAACAACGUAUUUGAAACGAAACCUGUAUUACCAGUGGAACAUCAACCAGUUUUGGUUCAAGUUCCUAUUCAUCAACAAAUCGUCUUUCAACAACCACCAAUUAAAGAGGAGAAAAAGCUGACAUUUCUCGCUGCUCUUUUUCAGAAAUUGCGUCGAAUUACAAAAGCACUCUUUCACGUUGAAAAGCCACAUGACGAUUGCGACGAUAGAAAAGACGUUGAUGAUAAUGAUCAUAGUAGUAGUAGUGCGAUAACCAAUAAACUCAAUAGUGGUUACGUGGUUUAUUUAAAUUCAAAGGCAAAUCAAAGAGUUUAAAAGUUUUAAGGAAGUGAAAAAAAUGCAAAAAAUAAGAAAAAAAUUCACCUAUAAUAAUGAAUAGAAAAAGAAAAAUAUAUUUUUAUGCGAAUAUCAUCUGUGAUAGCAGUCGAGAAUUAAAAAGAAAACAUUUUUUUAGUCAGACAAGUAGAUUUUUUUACUGUAUUAUUUUUUCUUUUUCUUUAAUUUUUUAGUUAUCAAAAUCUUCUUUAUCGACAGAUGGUAAACAUAUCAUCUUCUUUACCCACUGUCGAUAAAAUUGAUAUCUAAUUCACCGACGGAUGGUAAAAGUACUCCCUCUCUUACUUACUAUCGGUAAAGUUGAUAUCUACUUUAUCGACAAUCUGUCGAUUUUUACACAAUUUCCCAUUAUCGAUUAAAAAACCUGUUUUCUUAUUUUCUUUCCACUCGAUAAAGUAGGUACUUCUUUUAUCAACUGUUGGUAAUUACUUUCAUUUAUUUGAAUCAUUUAUUUUCCAUUCGAUUUGAUAAUCAACAUGUCUAUAAUAACAAAUUUUUAAAUUAUUGCGACCGAGAAAUGAUAAAUUAAUGUUAAACUAUUAUUUAUUUUAAUAUUAAAAAUUACUAGGGACAAAAAGAAGGGGUUAAAUCUAGUUUAGUUUUAA